AUGAGCGCGACUCCCACGAACCGGCUCAAACUGACGCCGGGGAACUCCCCAUACCUCCAACGUCCGCCCCGAUCCCCCCUCCGAGGUCGCUUACCCCACGAGUCCCGCCUGUCCCUCAAGCGAGUUGUCGGCACAACCUGCGUCUCGCCCACGGGUUUCGACACCGUCAACUCCUCCUUCGCCUACAUUGCCGGCGGCGCCGUUGUGGUUGUCGACGUAGACGGAGAACAGUAUGCUCAACGCUUCUACCGAGCCCGGCCGACUGCUUCUCCGGUCCAUGGGUCUGCGCCGCUAUCGCACGGUUCUCCUUCGCCUUCCACGCCCAAGGCAAAUGAUAGCAGGAACCGCAUUCAUAUUCGAGAGAACCAGGACUGGUCUGUGUCGCCCAACUCGAACACAUGGACAAGUCGUGAACGCAUCAAGGCGGCGACGUGCCUGGCGCUGAGCCGAGACGGGCGUUAUUUGGCCGUUGGCGAGACGGGAUACGCACCCCGUGUGCUCAUCUUCAACCUCGAGGAUGCGUCCUCUGAUGUGCCACUGGUAUCUAUCAGCGAGCAUGGUUUUGGAGUCAAUGCUGUUGCGUGGUCCUCCGACACCCGAUGGCUUGCUUCUCUAGGCGCAUCCACAGACGGCUUCCUGUUCAUCUGGAGAAUCGACCCUCGCAAUGGCAGCGCCAAAAUGUACCAGCAAAACAAGUGCACCUCCACCAUCAAGGGCAUGGUUUGGAUGGGAAGUAGCCUCAUUACACUAGGCGUACGACAUAUCAAGACCUGGCGUGUGGAGGAAGCUCAACCCAGUUCACCGGCGAAGACAAGGUUCAACGAGGGCAAUUCGACACCACAACCGCCACAAAAAGCCUUGCAUGGUCGCAACGUUCUCCUUGGGUCGCUCCUCGAAGCCACCUUCACCUGUGCAGCUGUCAUCGACGACACCAACGUCAUCAUUUGCUCCGAAGCCGGCGACAUCUGCACGGUCGAGGACGAUGGGAAGCAAACGAAGCUCGUGCGAUGCUUUACUGUUGACUUUCCAAUCACAUCUAUUACUAUCCGACACGCGACUGCUUACGUGUCUGGGAAAGCAGGCCAGUUCGCGACAAUGAGCGUGAAGGCGGUGCUAGAGAGCCUACCGGAUGCCAUGGUUUCCAAGAAUGUUGCGCCCGCUGGAUUGACGGCUAUGGGGUUCCUCACAGAGAACCUCGUCACCAUUGAUGAGAAGCACUCUAUCGACAUCUGGAGCUCUAGUCACCUGCCAGGCCAAACUGAGGAGGACCCCUCUCAUAUUCCCAUCCCCGGCCAUGGAGAUGCGAUUGUGGGAAUUCAAGCCAUCACAAAGCCCAACGAUCAGGACGCGGACUUCUACACGUGGUCCGGUUCCGGCAGGGUCAUCUUCUGGGAUAUGCAGGGGAAGGUCAAGCUCUCGGUGGAGGUGCCCAUUGAGCAGGUGAUCCCUGAAAAUGGGAUGGAUCCUGUCAAUCAGCUCAAUGUGGUACGGGUUACCCAGGCUGGGAAGAUGCUUGUAGCAGCCGAUAAGCUGGGCGUGCUCAGGAUCAUGGACUUGACCACUAAUGAGUGCCUCCUCGAGACCAAGGCACAUUCUUCUGACUGCCAAGGCAUCAGCAUCUACGAAGACGAUGCCAAGUUUCUGCUCGCAACUUGCGGUAGAGAUCGCACCACCCAGCUGUUCCACCGCCUAUCAACCGGAGAGUUCCAACAUUUUCAGACGCUUGAGUUCGCUGCCAAGGUCGUGCAAACGGUCAUUCCGUCAGCCGACAGAAUCAUCACAAGCUCCAUGGACAGGACGCUGCAGAUUCAUGACAUAGUGUGCAAAGAGGAUGAUCCUGACCAGAUCGCUGCUCUCUCUGCGCGCACCGUCACAUUAAAAGCAUCACCGACUUCCUUUGCCCUGGGCCAGGAUGAUAAGACUGCGUUCGUCUCCAUGCUCGACCGGUCCAUAUGCCAUUACGAUCUGUCUAAUGGCAAACUCAUCAAUUGCUUCAAGUGCAUCGACGAAGGCGGAUCCGAGACUGCAGUUAUGGAAUCCCUCAUUUAUACUCAGCCUUCAGGUAAAGACGCAGGUCUUCUUCUCGGCAUAUCCAACACGGAUAAAUCUGUUCGCGUCUACGAUGCCCAGUCCGGCUUCUUUGUGGACAGGGAAUGGGGUCACACUGAGUCCAUCAGCGGUGUAACGUUGACGGAGGACGAAGAUGGCAACCAGAGAGUCAUCAGUGUUGGACUGGACGGGACUGUGAUGCUCUGGGGCUUGGACGACGAUUCUUCGCCAACGUCUGUCAGCAGAGACGCGUCACCGAUGAAGGAUGGAUCAGCAUCCGCCAGGCCACCGCUUAGAAGAGUGCUGUCCAAAGCAGAGCUGGCCGAAUUCCAGCGGCCUUCCUCGUCCAACGGCGGACGGCGAUCACCCAGGACGGUCCAACGGCGAACCUCACGCUACGGACUGAACAAUAGUGUCAGUACGCCCAAAGGGGGCACAACAAACAGCCCAUCCAUCGCUGAAGGCACGCCUUCUCGACGCUCAUCAGGCUCUGGCAGCCCUCCGGUCAGUCCGAAGUCGAGGGCAUCUAGGCGGCCGUCACUUCCAUCAUUGGGCAUGCCUCCGAAAAAGAGCUCGCCUAAUCUACGCGGCUUCGGUAGCCUCAAUAUGGCUACAGAACAAGCCUGUCGCACACUGAGAGCAUAUAGAAAAAAGCUUUCAUCGACAGAGCCACUAAGCCAAGAUUCUCUCACGGAGCUCGAUCAGGAGCUUCGCAUGACCGCCGCUGCUCUCGGCGAUCGAGCCAUCAGAACGCACGACACCGCUCUCAUCAGCGGCCUCCUAGAUCAGUACGAAGAGCGUCUGGCCUCCAUGCUAGACGAGAAGCUUCGACAGACAUUCCAGGAUAAGGAGAUCAGAGACGUGCAGACCCCAUCCGAGGAGCCCGAGAUCGAAUUGGUGCUCGACCGACCAAGCACCGCUGGUGGGGAGACCGCCUCUACCUCGACAUCAUCGUCAUUAUAA